AUGGGGUCUUUGGCCACCGGCAGCAGUCUUCUGACUAAGGAAGCAAGGAAGCUGCAUCUCUCCCCUACGCUUCAAAUCAAUGAGCUGGUACAAGAACGCCUCAAUAAGGGCAAGCGCGUAUUACAUCUAGGCUUCGGAGAAGCGACUUUUCCCAUUCAAAAGGAUGUCCUUGAAGCACAUCGUCAGACUAGCCAAAACACCAGCUAUCUCCCAGUGGCAGGCUUGAUGAAGCUUAGAGAGCGGGUAGCUCAGUUUCAAACCCGCCGUCUGGACACUGCUAUUAGUGCGGAUAAUGUAGUUAUUGCUCCGGGGUCAAAGCCGCUUCUGUUCGCCCUCUUUGACAUCCUGCAAGGCGACGUGCUGCUCCCACGUCCGUCUUGGGUUAGUUACGAGCCUCAAGUGUUGCAUGCUGGGAAGCGUGUCUUUUGGGUGGAAACAGACGACGGCGACAGACAUACUAUUACAGCAUCAUCACUUAACAGCACAUACAAGCAAGCCGUAACAGCCGGAGGCAAUCCUCGUAUAAUGUUGAUCAACAGCCCCUCCAAUCCCACUGGACAAGUGUUCUCGGAGUCAACUAUUGGCAUUAUUAGUCAAUUCUGUCAAGAACACGACAUUACUCUCAUAUCUGAUGAGAUCUACUCAGACGUUCAUUUUGAAGAAGGUGCUGCACCUAGCGUCUGCGCCGGAAGUGGAUUCAAUUCUGGAAAAGUGAUACUCACGGGAGGUCUGUCCAAGACAUAUUCAGCUGGUGGCUGGCGGGUAGGCUUUGCCAUUUUCCCUUCUAAUGACUUUGGCACCCUCGUUCGCAAUACAAUUCUGGCAUAUGCCUCGGAAUGUUGGUCAGCAGCUUCGGCUCCGGCUCAAGAGGCUGCAGCAGUUGCAUUUGACACGAGUUCUUCCAUGGAUCUUUACCGGCAACAAGUGGCAGCAUUACACAAGCAGUGCACUGUUAGGCUAUACGACGCUCUCCGAGGCUGUGGCCUGGCAGUCCCUGAGCCUAGAGGGGCUUUUUACGUCUACCCGUCUUUCCACCCUUAUACGAAGGAGUUGGAAGCUUUGGGUCUAUUCACAAGCCUUGAGUUGUCUCGAUGGUUGAUCGAAGAAUGCGGCAUUGCUGCUCUGCCCGGUUCGGCGUUUGGGGAAGAUGAUGGAGGGUUAAAAGGUGGUCGAUAUCGCCUACGAAUGGCUACUAGCUAUUUGUACUUUCGCAAUCAGGACGAGAGGUAUACUAAAGGAUAUGAACUACUACGGACGGCUUUAGACACUGAGAAGGAACUGGAGCUACCGCUGCUGGAUGAGGCAAUAAAGGCGAUCCAGGAAGCGGUUGAGAAACUCAAGGGUGUAAAUUGUUGA